CAAUGGCAUUUAUGUUAAAAUCUUUAUAGAGAACGUUGCAACGGAGUAUCAGAGUUAUGAGUUACGAUUUAUCACGAGUUGAUUACACUUUAUGUGGAAUAACUUAUCCUGAUACACUUAAAAUAUUGCCAGCCUCAGAUCAAAAGCUCAAACAAAGGUUUGUAGUUGGCGAUAAAAAUGGAGUGCUUCAAUGUUUAAGCAUAAAGGAUGAAGAACCGGUAGUGAACUUUAAAACACUUCCUGGAAAACCAAUUACAUGUGUACAAUUAGGCUCACCUGCGGGAAACACAUCCGACAAAAUAUUUACGGCUUCCGGAAAUGAGGUUAAGGGUUAUAAUAAGAAGGGCAAGGUGUUUUUCGCGAUUGAAACUUCAGUAUCAGAAACCAUCACUUCUAUAAUUUUUAUUUUCAGGUCCGUUAUUGGAAAUGACUUGAUAUUAUGUAGCGGAAGAACUAUUACAUUUUAUAGGGACCUACAAGAAUUAUACACAUACAUUUGUGAUGAUAGAGUACUUGACUCAACACCAUUCAGCACUCCCAAUAGCGUCCGUGUACGUCUGCUGGUUAUAAUUGCAAAUAAAGAAGCAUUAAUAGUUGAGAACGGCAAGCUUCUGCAAAAACUCUAUGUAUCUGCCGGACCUACCAGCAUAACUGUUCCACCAUUUAUAGGUCAUGUGGAUGUGUCUGCGAUUUAUGGCUCCGCUGAUGGUUCGAUCGGUGUCCUGAGUUACCAGGAGUCAGAAUUAAACAGUAAAUGUUUGGUCCCGGGAGCUGGGUUGGGUUCUGUCACAUGUCUUGGUUGGCUCAAUAACAGCUCUGGCUAUCACCUGGCUGUCGGACGUCACGAUGGUUCAAUACAACUCCACUUGCUCAAUAGUGAAAAUUUAAAUGACAAGCCAAGGCUGAAGUUCACUUAUUUUUCAGGGGAACCUGUUACGUCUGUUUGUGGUGGUGUUAUUAGUACGGAUGAACCUGAGUUAAUAGCCGCCACGUUCUCUGGAAGGAUUUUCGGUUUGAGAUCUAAUCGAUUCAUGCCAGGAAACAUAUCGAGUGCCUCGCUGGAUGUUUUAGCUACCCGACGCUCAAAACUUGAAGCUGAAGUUGCUAAAUUGGAAAAACAGGCAAUCAGUGAACGGGAAAAAUAUCAAAGAAAUACACGAUCUUUUCUUUCUGGUGUAUCAGUUCCACCGCUUUUGGAAAUCGAGUAUGAGCUGACUGGCGCUACUCACAACAAUUGGCAGGAAGUAAAACUCAUAUCAGCGGUUCCCUUGGACGUUCUCUUCGUGUAUUGUGAAAAUAAACUUGAAAUACAGACGGACAGCACUGCCGUACUUAGCAUUUGUACUCAACAGGAAAACAACAGCCCGGAACUUCUAGCGACAAUUCGUUGCCAAGCUGGCACAAGAAGAUUAUGGAUGCGCAUACGAAUUUUAGACGAUAAAGAAACAAAAAUGGAAGGCACAAGAGUACUUAUAUAUGUGUUGCCUACAGGAGCUCCGAGAGUGGCUCGACUUAUAAAACUAUAUUUGUCGUUAUUGCCACACUAUUCUAAAUAUGAAUCACCUGACAUAGAAAACAAGCAAAGGCCUUGUGAGCUGAAUAUAUUAGGUCCUUUUUCUGUAGCUGAAAUGACAGCGUGGUUGUCCCAAAUUUUGCCGGGAGAAUUACCGAGACCGUCAACGACAGUUAUAUUUGCACGAUCACAUACUACUCUUGGAUCUUUUUUGAUAUGUCAAUACAAACGCGGAUCCGCUACAUUUAAAUCAAACAAUAUUUCUACCAUAACAUUAAUCAAGGACUUUAUUACAAACUGUUGUAUAAGGAAGAAUAUACGAGCAGACGUAAAUUGUGAAAUUCCAGAAGACUGCUGUUUGAACGCUUUUAAACUUUUAGAAGAUAAAUUUAAAUCGGUUUACAAUUACCAUAAAGAAUGCGAAAUUAAAAACGCUAUAAGUUCCUUAGAUUUAGAUGAAAAUGUAAUAAAAAACGAAACAGAGCCGGUGUUGUGUAGCGAUUACUUACGAAUUUUGAAUUUGUUACCGAAGGAAGACAAUACGGAGGAGACAUUUGAAGCACUCGUUGAUACAGUUGAAAAGUGGUACUUGGACUGGUGUAAAACCUCCUUUAUAGGACGUCACAGUAACACUCACAUUUCGAAAUUACAACAUGCUCUACAAACUUGCAAUAUAAGCGAAAUCGAAGAAUGUUUGACAUUUAAAAGUCAGACUAAUGGAAAUUAAAAACUAUUUUUAUGAAUAAAAAGUAAUUUAAUCACCUUA